AUGGCGGAGGAGAGAUCGAAUGGAGGAUGUGUAUCGGUGGACUCGAUGGAGUUCCGGUGGGUGUAUCAUCAGGACGAGGAAUGGUCGGAAAUUCACAACGACGGUAACCACGGCGGUGUCGACGGGGAUUCGACGCUGCGUAAUUCUGACGAUGAGGAUAAUACGGGGCAGAGGCUGAUUCGGACGGGUCCGAGGAUUGAUUCGUUCGAUGUUGAAGCCCUUGAAGUCCCCGGGGCUCAAAAGAAUGAUUUUGAGGAUGUCACUUUGAGCAGGAGGAUCAUACUGACCUUUCAAAUGCUAGGGGUUGUCUUUGGUGAUGUGGGGACCAGUCCAUUAUAUACCUUCAGUGUGAUGUUCAGCAAGGCACCGGUUGAGGUGAACGAAGAUGUUCUUGGUGCAUUAUCACUAGUUUUGUACACCUUAAUUCUGAUUCCACUUAUCAAGUACAUCCUUAUAGUUCUUUGGGCUAAUGAUGAUGGUGAAGGUGGCACAUUUGCUUUGUACUCCUUGAUCUGUAGGCAUGCUAAAGCUAGUCUUCUGCCCAACCAACUUCCAUCAGAUACUCGCAUAUCUAGCUUCAGACUUAAAGUGCCAUCACCAGAACUGGAGAGGUCUCUAAAAAUAAAAGAAAGACUUGAGACUUCUCUGACAGUGAAAAAGCUUCUUCUGAUGUUGGUUCUCGCUGGUACUUCUAUGGUGAUAGCUGAUGGUGUUGUUACACCUGCGAUGUCAGUAAUAUCUGCUGUUAGUGGCUUAAAGAUUGGAGUUUCUGGGGUAACGCAAGAGCACGUGGUGAUGAUCUCGGUUGCAUUUCUUAUAAUCUUGUUCAGUGUACAGAAAUACGGAACGAGUAAAGUGGGGCUCAUAGUAGGUCCUGCCUUGUUUAUAUGGUUUUGUUCUCUUGGGGGCAUUGGCAUAUACAACCUUGUUAAGUACGAUACACGUGUCCUGAGGGCAUUUAAUCCGGUUCACAUUUAUUAUUUCUUCAAACGCAAUUCUACCAAUGCUUGGUACUCCCUUGGGGGCUGUCUUCUUUGUGCAACAGGUUCUGAAGCAAUGUUUGCAGAUCUUUGCUAUUUUAACGUAAGAUCGGUGCAGCUUACCUUUGUGUUUCUUGUAUUACCUUGCCUUUUGUUGGGUUACCUGGGUCAAGCUGCUUACCUCAUAGCAAACCAUGGCGAGACAACUCAAGCGUUCUUCUCAUCUGUUCCAAGUGGAGCUUUCUGGCCAGUAUUCCUCAUUGCUAAUGUAGCUGCAUUGAUUGCUAGUAGGGCUAUGACUACAGCGACAUUCUCUUGUAUUAAACAAUCAACGGCUCUUGGUUGCUUUCCUCGCCUUAAGAUCAUUCAUACCUCGCGGAAAUUCAUGGGUCAAAUUUAUAUUCCAGUUAUGAACUGGUUUCUGCUGGCUCUAACCCUGGUUUUAGUCUGCACUAUUUCAAGUAUUUACGAGAUUGGAAAUGCAUAUGGCAUUGCUGAACUAGGAGUGAUGAUGAUGAGUACGAUCUUAGUAACUCUUGUAAUGCUUCUCAUAUGGCAGAUACAUAUCCUUAUAGUGCUGAGUUUCGCUAUUAUCUUCUUGGGGUUGGAGUUGACAUUCUUUUCAUCAGUUUUGUGGAGUGUGGGGGAUGGUAGCUGGAUCAUACUGGUUUUUGCCAUAGUUAUUUUUUUAAUAAUGUAUGUCUGGAACUACGGGAGCAAGCUAAAGUAUGAAACUGAGGUUAAGAAAAAGAUGUCAAUGGAUUUGCUGCGAGAACUGGGUCCUAACCUAGGAACAGUAAGAGCUCCUGGUAUUGGCUUGCUUUAUAAUGAGCUUGCGAAGGGAGUGCCAGCUAUAUUUGGACAUUUCCUUACCACUCUGCCUGCUGUGCAUUCAAUGAUCAUAUUCGUGUGUAUAAAAUAUGUUCCUGUUCCUGUUGUGCCUCAAAGUGAAAGGUUUCUGUUCCGACGAGUCUGCCCCAAAAGCUACCACAUAUUUCGUUGUAUUGCCAGAUAUGGUUACAAGGAUAUCCGCAAAGAAAACCACCAGACUUUCGAGCAGUUGCUGAUUGAGAGUCUUGAGAAGUUCAUUCGUAGGGAAGCUCAGGAAAGGUUGCUGGAGAGCGAUGGUCACGAGGACUCAGAUUCUGAAGAACAUUCUUUUUCAAACGCUCUAAUAGCUCCCUAUGGGGGUGGUUAUUCACUCGGUGUCCCUCUACUGUCCGAUUUUAAGGAAACAACCAAGUCCUUUUCAGAAGCAAGCACUUCGGACGAGCAGUCUGAGAUUCCUACCGAUCCAUCUAUUCCUGAUGCAGAGCAAAGUCUUGAAAAGGAGUUGUCUUUCAUACGCAAGGCCAAGGAAUGUGGAGUAGUAUAUCUUCUAGGUCAUGGGAAUAUUAGGGCAAGAAAGGAUUCUUGGUUUAUUAAGAAGCUUGUCAUUAAUUACUUUUAUGCUUUCUUGAGAAAGAAUUGUAGGAGGGGGGUUGCAAAUUUGAGUGUACCGCACUCACAGUUGAUGCAGGUGGGCAUGACUUACAUGGUCUGA